AUGGAGAACAACCCAAUUGAUCCUGCGUCUCACGCUCAAGCCUGCAACCAACAGCUCCACGAGCCUCAAGCUUCGAUUCAACAAGCCGACAACCCUGAUCAGGCCUAUCUCCAUGGGGACUUUGAUCAGGGCAGCCCACAACAAUACCAGGGACUCCAAGGUGACCACUCUCAAUGCCACCAGCAAUACACCCUCCUCCCCACUGAUACUGCGGGACCAAACUCCGGAGCUGAACUCUACGGUCAGCCAGCCGGCGGUGAUCAGACCUAUCUCCAUGGGGCCUCCGUUCAUGACUACCUUCCAUACUACCAGGGGCUCCAAGGUGGCCACUCUCAUGGACAUCAUCCGCAAACCUUCCACCCCGCUCAGUAUGUAGUCCCAAGCUCUUCUGCUACAACGCAGGUUCAAUCUACUGCGGUCCAGAAUAUCACCCCCGCCUUCCAAAAGCGCGUGGAAGGCCUCCUAAAACACAAGAACCGUGGCUACCAGGCACACAUCCGCACCGCAGAAGAGAUGGUUCAGUACGAGCGUGCUAUUGCUAGCGCAAAGGGAAGCACCAACGAGGACAAGUCGCCGGCGGAGGACGACAAGUCCACUGGAUACCCCGACACCGAAGCGGGACGACUGGAGAUCGUCCGUCGCCUUUACGAGGCCUUCUUCACCCUCGACGGGGAGCAGGAUCAGGUGUCGGAGGCCCUCCCCAACCGCGACGACUGCCUGGCAUACAAGGCUGUGAAGGCUACGGCGCCUAUCGAGGCAGAGGUCUUGUGCUUCAAUCUCAUGGAAGCCAUGUUGCUCGUGCAGAGGGGAGAUCACACGGGUCCCAAGGUCGUCCAGGAGGACGACUAUACCAGCAAGGUGGACAAGGUUGUAGAAGUCCUCAAGUACAACAAGGCUAUCUGCCGCACCCUCAAGACGGCCGGCAUGGCCCUCAGGAUCGCCUCUGACCCCGUCGGGGAGCGUACCGCGAAGGUGAAGUUCCAAAGGAAUAAUAACAACAAGAGGGCUGUCUUGAAGAGGGACUCAACCGCGCGUGGCAGGUCGAAGGCCGCACACGGCAGCGGUCUUGGUAGGCCCAGGGGCAAGGGCAGGAAGAGGCAGGCUGAGGAGGACGACGAGGAGGAGGACGACUUCGAGCUCGAGCAAGAGGACGAGGACGACGAGCAGCAGCAGCAGCAGCACCAACCUGCCGCGGAGAACUCCGAGGAGCCCCCGGCUAAGCGCCGCUGCAUUGGUGAGGGCCCUUCCAUGGGCCUGGUCACGCAGAAUGCCGGUCAAAACAUGCAGUACGAUCCUGCGCUUCCCGCCAACAACCCGGGCUUCUACGACGCUGGUUACGACUGUUACCAGCAGGGCCUUCCGGUACCUCGGCCUCUCAACCAGCCUGCUCCUAACUUGGGGGACCCCAACGCUGCUUACAACUCUUACCAGCGGGGCCUGCAGCCCCCUGCACCCUUCGACCAGCCUGCUCCUCACGUCAGCGACCCCAACGAGCAGUGGUUCGACUUUGAUGCCGGUGAGGCUUCGGAGCAACAGCCUGAGUACUGA